AUGUCGGUAUUCACAAUCGUCCAUCGAGCCCUACCACCACUAUCCCUCCCCUGGAAACGACGAACAAGUCUAAAAGGCAAAUCCCCCGAACUGGAAAUCCUCAGUGAAAAGGAUACCAUUCUAUCAAACUCCCCCAGCAUCAGUCCCCACUCCCAAAACAAUGAACCCAUCUUCAUGCACCGUGACGUCCACGGACCCGUGCAGGUAGCGGUGAAGGCGCACGCAAACCACGAAAUACCCACCCCCCAAUCAUCAUCCGCACCGGAAAAUAUCCCGGAUCCAGCAUCGGAUUCGACAUCCGAGAAGCGGGUGCACUAUUCCAGCCAGACGCAUCCGGUGCGGCCCCAGCUCGCUCGCGGUGUUAGUUGGGCGAGUAUUAUCCGCAGUCGAGAUCGGUGGACUAUCGAGCAGGAGCGGGAGCUUGUGCAUGCGCAGAGACAGCUGGGGAGGUGUCAGAAGGCGUGGAGUUCCGAGCAGGAGGUGUGGUUAUCCUAUGUCCAGGCCCUAAGUGAAGAGAAGGAAGCACAUGCUGGUUUCUUAUCUAUGCGGCACAGACAGCAGGACGACGAACAGCACCAGUUCCGUAAGGCGUGGAAGCGGAGACGAUCCUCAUCAGGUGAUGAUGAGACGCAGCAGUCUGCGAUCGAGACUGCGAAUCGAUUGGGGAAGUUGCGUCGCUUGCAGCGCUAUGGCUAUUCAGGGCAGCGGUUGGGCGCGACGGGAUCGGCGGUUUUAGCUGUGCAGGGAUGA